ACUCUUUUCCCCCACUCACCAUGCUCACUUCACCACUCAAUGCUCUCAGGACAAAGGCAGCCGUCGCUGGCUCGCUGCUGCGCGGACCUGCUGCGACUCAGAAGCGGUUCUUGAGCAUUCACGAGCAUCUCUCCAUGGGACUGCUCGAGAAGUACGGUGUGCCCGUGCCCCGCUUCGUAGCUGCCCACUCCGCGGACGAGGCAUUCAAGGCAGCACAGUCAUUCAGUGGAAAGGGAAUGGUCAUCAAGGCUCAGGUGCUAGCCGGUGGACGUGGAAAGGGUCACUUCGACUCUGGUCUGCAGGGUGGUGUGCACCUCAUCAAGACCCCCGAAGAGGCCAAGGACUACGCUUCCAAGAUGUUGGGUCAGAAGCUCAUUACCAAGCAGACUGGCUCCGCCGGUCGAGUCUGCAACGCCGUCAUGCUGGCUGAAGCUCGCCCUCCUGCCAAGGAGUACUACCUCGCCAUCCUCAACGACCGUACCUCGCAGCUUCCCGUCAUCGUGGCUUCCAACCAGGGUGGUAUGAACAUCGAAGAGGUCGCCAAGGACUCGCCCGACGCCAUCAUCACCACCCCCGUCGACUUUGAGAAGGGACUGACCAAGGACGUUGCUCUUGGCAUCGCCAAGAAGCUUGGCUUCAGCGGAUCGAAGCAGGAGGAGCAGGCGGCAGAGACGAUGAUCAAGCUCUACACCCUUUUCAAGGAGAGGGAUGCCACUCAGGUCGAGAUCAACCCCUUGGCAGAGAGCAAAGACGGAGAGAUUCUUUGCAUGGACGCCAAGCUGGGCUUCGACAACAAUGCCGAGUACCGUCAGUCGGAGGUCUUUGGUAUGCGUGAUGCUAGCCAGGAGGACUCGGAUGAGAUUGAGGCUGGCAAGGUGGGCAUGAACUUCAUCAAGCUGGAGGGCAACAUCGGCUGCCUCGUCAACGGAGCCGGUCUGGCCAUGGCCACCAUGGACGUGCUGAAGCUCAACGGCGGUUCCCCUGCCAACUUCCUGGAUGUGGGUGGAAGUGCAAAUGCAGCUGCAAUCAAGAAGGCCUUUGAGCUGCUACUGGGCUCAACGGAGGUCAAGGCCAUCUUUGUCAACAUCUUUGGUGGUAUCCUCAAGUGCGAUCUCAUUGCCGAUGGUAUUGUCAGUGCUGCCAAGGAGCUCAACCUUAAGAUCCCGCUGGUGGUGCGACUGCAGGGAACCAAUGUGGAGAAGGCUAGGGAGAUUCUCAAGAACAGCUCGGUGGACGUGGUGCCGUUCGAGGGACUGGACGAGGCUGCUUCGGAGGCCGUCGCUGCUGCUGCCAAGUAAGGGGUAGAAGGUGAUUGGGUGUGCUGGAGCGGUGACAGGAUAUUCACGCUAGAAGAUGAUAAGGGCGAGCUUCGCACCUGGUGACUUGCUUUGCGUUCAAUAAAGAUCUCUACAGACAAACAGGUUCAGGGAGUGCUCGCAGUGAUCUUGAUGUGAUAUGUGAUCCAUUUCGUCAACACGAAGGGUGACGUCGUCUACCCAAUCUACAUUCCUCUACGAACUGACUGGCAUACAAGGUACCGCUGCUGCUCUUCAGACCUUGAGGUACCCCUUCUGAAUCAAAUACUCUGUAAUAAUCCUCACACUCUCCUCCAC